CUCGCCAGUUGCUCAAUUGUGGAGCGAAUCAUUCGAUUCAGUGGUCGGGGACAUGUUGCGCGUCGCGCCGUCACUAAAACUUUAAUGGGAUUCUCCGCAAAGGACCACAACCGGAACCGUUACGUGCUCAGAAUCCUUUUCUGUGAACAUUUCGCCUUUUGAGUGGUGCAAUUGCUUCCCGCAGGAGCUGGUACUUGGCUUUGGCGGAGGGUGAUGUGUUGUUUUGCGAGAACUAUCGCGAAGUGUGUGUGAAAGGGAGCGGAAUUGCAGUUGGUGCGAAUUGGCCCCGGCGGCGGACCGGGCGUGGGAAGUUUUCAUUGAAUUUCGAGUGCAGAAAUAUCGAAAAUGACGGCGGAGUCUUGUUGAAAAUUGCUCAAGGAGUGAAUCAAUAAAGGGUGCCGUUGUGUUGGUUGGCAGCGGCUGACAGUGGUGGUGUUGUGCUGUCACAAAGUUCAUUUUAGACCAGAACGCGUUGUGUAUGUUUCGCUGGAAGGGACGGUGCCGUGAUCGUUCCAGUCAACACUUUUUGCAUUUGUGUGAGUCGAAUGUUUACGCUUCCUCGCUAAUAUUGGAGUCCGAUCUCAGUUGGUUUGUUCGCGAUCCUUUAUUUCCCCAGGGAGAGUGGGCGUUCCAAUCAACUGAUCCAGGGUCUAAGCGCCGAACGCUGAGCGAGUCCUUGCUUUAUUUAACUCUGCUGUACACAGGACCCCCCACACACACACGCACCUGCCAAUUGUCAGUGACAUCGUGAGCUCCCGACAUCCUCCGAGUCCGCAGGACAAAGGACUGGAAUUCGCGGCAGCAUCCCAUCGCCUUCCAGUCGCCGCGAACAUAUGUUGAAUAUCGAUGAAUGACUUUGUCCUGUUGGAUUGUGUGCGUGCCGAUGAACUUGUGUUGCUAUUCUCGCCGAGACUUCCACUUCCCACUACACUUGCAGGUGCGAUGAACUGCUCGACGUCGAGCUGUCAAUGAGAAAAUCGUUUGCUGCCAAAAUUUGUUUGUUUUUUGUGUGACGUUUUCAUUGUUCGUUCGUUCGUGUUUCGUGACGAUAAACAAACGUAAGAAAUUGUGUGCAUGGAGGGAAAUCCGGGAAAUUGUCGUUGUUCUGAAUGAAAAUGUCGUGGAUUUGUCGGUGCUCGUGGUAGUUUGUGUCGCUUUUGUUAUGUGAAAAUGUCAACUGCUGGAAACGGUGGUGGUUUCGUUGCGUCCGUGGGUCCUUAGUCCUUCCCAGAAACUCUUGUUUUUCUAUUUGUCCUUCUAGUUUUGUGUUGUCUUCGUAGUUCUAGGCCGUGUCAGUGGUGCUGUCAUUGAAUUGAAGCUCAAAAUCAGACUGUCGGGAUCGCGUGGAAUCAGGUCUGGUGCGAAAUUGUCGGCCAAACGUGGUGUCCUUUGUGCGGAUUAGUGCUCCAGCGACACCAGCCAAUUGGCCCUUCCACUCGGGAGGAGGCAGUGAUUUCUCUUUUGUUCGCUACUGUGUCGCAGGCUCCUCGAAUGUAACACGGUGGAGUCCUUUGUGCGGAACAGCGAAAACAACGACGGCGACGUUGUCGAGGACGUCCCCAUCUGCUCUCCGCUUGCUCCAUCCUCCCGCACCUUAAUUGCCCGCCCGUGCACGCUCAAGGAUUAUAGGAAAAAUGUCAUCAAAAUGUGGAUUAGUCGUGAUUUUAAUUACGAUAGCGGCGCUAUUCAUCGUAAAUGGCUUCGGAAAAGAGAUACGACGAGUUGAGAGAGGAUUCAAUCGACUUAAUGAAUACAUAUCGCACUACGAAACACUAAACUACGACGAUAGGCAUUUACACGCUAGUCAUAAUAGGGCUAAGCGAUCUGUAACCAAAGAUCAUCACGUAUAUUUAAGAUUUAAAGCACACGGGAAAGAUUUCCAUCUUAGGUUAAAACGUGAUUUAACUACGUUUAGUGAUAAGUUAGAGGUCCAUAGCACGGAUGGUCCAGUUCCAUUUGAUACAUCACAUAUUUACCAGGGUGAAGUGAUAGGUGAUCGGAACAGUCAUGUUUUCGGUUCAAUAAUAAAUGGUGUGUUUGAGGGUAAAAUAAUAACAGAACGUGAUGCGUAUUAUGUGGAGAAUGCAAAACAUUAUUUUCCAAAUCGAACAUAUGAUCAGGAUGAGUUUCAUUCAGUGAUUUAUAAUGAGAAGCAUGUGGAGGAUCCUUAUAAGGAUGUGCGAGAAGGUCAUGUUGCUGGUUGCGGUAUUACCGACGAGGUUUCACAAUGGAUGCACAACAUCCAAAAUUCUGCGGUAGAGGAACCAGAUAUGCCUGAGGUGCUUCCAAAACCGAUGAGUAAUGAUGACGCAAAACCAAAAGCAAAACAACACAAAAAUCAUCCACCGAAAAAAUACCAAGGAGCCAACGGGUCUGGAAUGGCAACCGAUAUGGAAUUCACUCAUCCUCAUGAAAAAUACACGAAAGAAGCAAACGUUCAUGAAAGUUCUUCAUCCUCAUCAUCGGCACAAAUGACGGAAAAACGACGACAGGAUACAAAUCGAAAUGAAAGUGUGGGACUUCUAGAUGAAGAUUGGCAUCGGGAAUCACAUGAACGAGUUCGACGGGCAUCGGCGCCACGUCCGCGAGAGGAUAACAAGAAGAAUACCUGCUCCUUGUAUAUACAAACUGAUCCAUUAAUUUGGCGACAUGUUAAGGAGGGAAUAGUCGAUAACGAUCGAGGCAGCAAACGGAGUGAAAUUGACGAGAAGACUCGCGAGGAAAUUCUCUCCUUGAUAGCACAUCACGUAACGGCUGUUAAUUACAUCUAUCGUAAUACAAAGUUUGAUGGUCGUAUUGAACAUCGAAAUAUUCGUUUUGAGGUGCAACGGAUAAAAAUCGAUGACGACUCAGCAUGCAAGCCCUCGUAUAAUGGACCGCAUAAUGCAUUCUGCAACGAGCAUAUGGACGUGUCGAAUUUUCUAAAUUUACAUUCGCUGGAGGAUCACGGGGACUUCUGCCUAGCUUACGUUUUUACUUAUCGCGACUUCACCGGAGGAACUCUUGGACUUGCUUGGGUUGCUUCCGCAUCUGGUGCUUCGGGUGGUAUUUGUGAGAAAUACAAAACAUACACCGAAACCGUUGGAGGACAAUAUCAAAGCACAAAACGCUCACUCAACACGGGGAUUAUAACUUUCGUCAACUAUAAUAAUCGUGUCCCACCGAAAGUUUCACAAUUGACGCUUGCUCACGAAAUUGGUCACAAUUUCGGAUCACCUCACGACUACCCCCAAGAAUGCCGUCCAGGUGGUGUUAGCGGAAACUUCAUAAUGUUCGCCAGUGCUACAUCUGGCGAUCGGCCAAACAAUAGUAAAUUUUCACAAUGCUCAAUACGAAAUAUAUCGAACGUGCUCGACGCUCUAGUUGGUAAUCAGAAGAGGGAUUGCUUCAAGGCAUCCGAGGGUGCUUUCUGCGGCAACAAGAUUGUCGAAAGCGGCGAAGAAUGCGACUGUGGAUUCAACGAGGACGAGUGUAAAGAUAAAUGCUGUUAUCCGCGCAUAAUUAGCGAAUAUGAUAUGAGUCUGAACUCAUCGGCGACAGGAUGUACUCGACGAGCGCGGACACAAUGCAGUCCAAGUCAGGGCCCUUGCUGUCUAAGCGAUUCCUGCACGUUUGUGCCAACUCAUUAUCAUAUGCGUUGCAAAGAGGAGACUGAAUGCUCGUGGAGUAGUACGUGCAAUGGGACGACUCCUGAAUGUCCGGAACCGAAACCGAAAGAUGAUAAGACUAAAUGUAACAAUGGCACACAACUGUGCAUUAAGGGCGACUGCUCUGGAUCGAUUUGUUUGCUAUGGAAUAUGAGUGAAUGUUUCCUGACAUCACAGAAUGUACCGCACGUUGAUAAGCGAAAGUUAUGCGAGUUGGCAUGCCAGAAUGGUACGGAUACGUCAACUUGUCGAAGUACAAGUGAAUUUGCUCAUCUAUAUAACUUACCCGAGGGCGGAAUAAGUCUGCGUCCGGGUGCACCCUGUGAUAAUUUUCAGGGAUAUUGUGAUGUAUUUCUUAAGUGUCGGGCAGUUGAUGCCGAAGGUCCUUUGGUUCGGCUCAAAAAUUUACUGUUGAAUAGGGAAACGUUAUCCACAUUAGCCCAAUGGAUCACGGACAAUUGGUAUGCUGUCGUAUUAAUGGGAAUUGGAUUUAUUAUCUUUAUGGGAAUCUUUAUAAAAUGUUGUGCUGUACAUACGCCAAGUUCAAAUCCAAAGAAACGUGCUGCCAUACGAUUAAGUGAUACACUACGAGGUCCAAUGACGACGUUACGACGAAUGCGAAAUCAUCCGCACAAUAGAGGUGCAGGACCGCGUAGUAUACCGCCGCCAGGACAUGAACGUUCCAGAGGAGGAGGCGGUCAAGAUUGGAAUGGUCGAAAUCCAGAUCGAGGUGGUGGCGGUGGUAAUGGGGGACGCCGACCGCGCAAUGGCGGCAAUUCAGGACGACCGGCGAGUAGCUCAAGAUCAGCGGGACCACAUAAUGGGUAUGGUGAUGGAAGAGGUCAACACUAUCCACCGAAAGUUGAUGAUAUUUCAUAGAAGCAAUUUCGUUAAUUUUUACUUUGAUUUUUUAUCCGUUUUGAGUGGAGAAUGUAACAAGAGAUUCAUUGUCAAGAGCCCGUUUUGUUUUCGUUCGUAUGUUUCAUGUUUCGCAGAAUAUCUCGUUUACAAAUCAAUCUCACGUAAUUUAAUUUUUGUUCAGCACAUCAGGAACUAGUUCUUUUAGUUGAAUUUGAACGAACCAACAAGAUUAUAUGUGAAUGUGUGCAUGAGCGUCUUAUUUGAUUGUAAACAGAACACAUAAGUAUAACUUUUCAUUGUUGCUUAGUUGUUAAUCUAUUUGGCAACUAAAAGAUUUUUUCUACUUAAUUUUUAGUUUCCCAAUUCAAAUACAAAUUGACAUUUUGAUUAUUACUAAAAACUUCCUACCCUAACCCAAUUAUUCGACGACUCCUCGAUACUCGAUUCAAAAGCACUUGAUCUAAAUUUGAAACAAAAUACUCUCUUCAUUCAGAAGCUUAGUAUUGAUAGUGAGUACAUCCUCAAACGCAACGAAACCAUGAACUAUUUAUUAUUUGCCUCCCCCAAAGGGUGGGGUAAUUUGAGCAUACAACACCUAAUUUUGCCAAGCGCCACUCCUAACUCACUGCCCUAAAUUUGAUUCAUGCAAACUCAACUGUGAAAACAAUAUCCUUUCGUAAUUUUUAAUUGGCUUAGCUGAAAGUUCUCCAGCUAAACUAAGCAAUGCAACAGGAGCAACAAGGACAAAGUUGGCUCGGAGGCCAAUUGUAAACUAUUCUGAAAAUUAGCACAAUUAAUUAAUUGGCACUUACAAGAGGAUUUAAGGGGGGCCUCCUGCCUGUGAGAGCUAGUAUAACAGGAUUAUUUCUGUAAUUUUUUUAUUUGAGAUGAACAUCAAGAGAUAUUUGUGGGACAAAUGUGAAAAGUUGAGUGCUUGCGUUGUUUUGUUAAGUUUGAGGGAGUGCGUCCUCCUACAUUUCUUACUAAGAGCCUUGUUCAUUCAAUCCUUGAACUUCAUUUCAAAUUUCAAACGUUUUGAUUAGGAGAGUUCACUUUAAUAUACACAAAAGGAUCAGUGCUGAGUAGAUUCCUAUUUUGAUUUGAGGGACCACGUAAUUCACACCAAAAUAUCAGUCGUAAUAAAAUAGGAUCCUGUUUUUAAAAUGAGCGAAAAAUGACUUUGACUAAAUAUUUACAAAAAAAUUACGAAAUUUCUCAGUUUUAUUGUCUUUUUUUUCGAUUUCUGGCUUUUAGAACUCACCAAGCGUUUUGUUGAUAGUCUUUAUAUAUAAUUUUUGAAUUUUAUAAACAAUUUUUUUUCCUCUAACAUAAAUUUAUUGUAAAAGAGUGUUUGUAAUUGUUCAUCUAAUUAUUGAUAUAGCCUUGUGUUUGGAGUCCUUUAAAAUAACCAUUACAUAAUUUUUAUUGACUUACAAUUAAUUGUUCAUGGUUUAGAUAAGUUUUUUUAUAAUAAAAUCAAGUUUCACAUAGAACAUGGCA